ACCAACCAUCCCCUUUUCCGGUUUUCCCCCACCCGAUUUCCUCGUCUUCCCCUCUUUUCUCUCUCCUCCCUGCACAUUCACUCUGUUCCCAAACAAAAAACCAAAAUUCAUGAGAGAGAAAAUCAUUCUCAUCAAAACAAAAUCACUCUAUUAAAACCCAAAAUCAAAACAAAAAUCCAACUGAUUUUGAUCUAUUUAUCCUUUCCUAUCCAUUACAAUAUCAAUUUCAAAUCAAUUUAUUCCGAGGUUGACGACGAUGACAACAAUGGCGACGACGACGGCGAUGGUAAAGAAACCGAUCAAAUACAUAACAUACUACCUAUCAGAACACCCAUCAGUAAUAAACUUCCGAUGGAGCGCAUCCCUUUCAUGGGGGUCAACAUGGUCAUUUCUCUUCACCUCAAUCUCUCUCUACCUAAUUCUCUCUCUCCUCCUCCACCUCCUCCUCUGCUUACUCCUCCCCCGCCGCCGCCCCAUCCCACUCGGCCCGAUCCCAGCUCUCCAUUCCCUUUCCAUGGCGUUAAUCUCCUUCACAAUCUUCUCCGGCAUCUUCCUCUCCGCCGCCGCCGAGAUCCGCGACACACGGUGGUUCUGGCGACGGUCUAAAACAACACCCAUUCAAUGGCUCCUUUGUUUCCCCCUCGGUACUCGUCCUUCGGGUCGGGUUUUCUUCUGGUCGUACGUUUUCUACCUAUCUCGAUUCCUCCACCUCUUUCGAACCUUCUUCUCCUUGCUCCGCCACCGUAAACUCCCUUUGCACCACCUCCUCAACCACUCCAUCCUCAUCUUCUCCUCCUUCCUCUGGCUUGAAUUCUCGCAGUCGUUUCAAGUUUUAUCCAUCAUUUUCACCACCCUUGUCUCCUCCAUUGUAUACGGGUACAGAUUCUGGACUUCAAUCGGGUUACCCGGUGCUUGUUUCCCCUUCGUCUUAAAUUGCCAGAUUGUUCUUCUUGGGUGUAAUCUGAUCUGCCAUGUGGGUGUUCUGUUGAUGCAUUUUUUCAAAGGUGGGUGUAACGGGAUUGGUGCUUGGGGUUUUAAUUCUGUUUUGAAUACCGCCAUUUUAUCCCUUUUCUUGAACUUUUAUGUCAAGAGUUAUAUCAGAAACAAUAAUAAUGAUGAUGAUGGAAACGGCGGCGGAGACGGCGGUGGUGGCGGCGGUGAGUUGGAAAAGGUCAAGGAUCUUUAAUAAACGGUGACGAUUAUGAGUUUGUGUAAUUACAUGUCCCUAUUUAUGUGUGACUUUUGUGUAUAUAAAAGUUUUAGUAUGAUGAGGUAUAUAAAAUAUGUGUAUGUUAGUAUGAUGAGUUUUCACGUUUUUACCAUAGUUGUGUAAAUUCAUUGUAAGUUUAGAGGUUCAUAACUUUAUAAUGAGUAUUGAUUUGCUUUAGCAA